AUGCAACAAGUUCUCGGCAUCGAUGAUGACUUCAUCCCCCAGAUCUGCUUCGACCAUGUCUGGAACGUCAGGACGGGACACUUUCGACCAUGUUUCCUCCCUGUGCUGGCCAUCUUACCGUCUCUCCUGACCGCCAUCAUCCUACUCGGUCAAGCUCUGAGAAUACUUUUCCCACAUCGGCCAUCAUGGACCAAGCCUUUCGUGGAGCCGCCACAAGAACCGGAGGUUGAGGUCGAACUCGUGAGAUCAAGACGAUGGAGCAAGUUCGUCAUCGCCUUGAUUUCAAUCUGCAGCUUCGGGCUGAUUCUGCAACUCGCGGCAUGUCUUCUGAAGCGACCCAAUGCUACGGCCUACCUCCCGAUCCUCCCAUGGCUGGUCGCUCUUCUGGAGAUCAUCAUCUACCAUCCUCGAAAGACGCCGUAUGCAACGAUGUUCAUUCUGGUCGCGAAUGUCAUCGUGGAGGGUAUACUCCUCGACAAUGACUUCUCACAUCCCAAGCUUGUCCGCAUCUUGUCCGGCUGCAGCAUUGGAUUCGGUAUCUCGGCUAUCCUUGUUCUGCUCACGAUGCCAUACCGAGACCCAUUUCUGCCGCAUAAAGACAUCAGCCCACCUUUUGCGACUCCAUCUUCGAUCAUGAGGAGUCCAGAGGAGGCGUUGAGCUACUGGCAGUUCAUGACGGUCCGAUGGAUCGCUCCGCUCAUGUCCAUCGCUCGGAAACGCCAGCUUGAGGAUGAGGAUGUCUGGGCCUUGCCUUACGAAUUCCAACAUCGCAUUCUUCAUGAGAACUUUCGACAGCUGAAAGGCACUGUCAUUCGGCGCCUGCUCAAAGCCAACGGCAUCGACUUGUUGGUGAUAGUCAUUGUCGCCUUGAUAAACCAGCUGUCUCGCUUCGCUGCUCCGAUCUUCCUCCAACUCAUCUUGAAGUCCAUGCGAGAUGAGUCUUCAAAUGUGGCGCUGAAGUAUGCAGUCCUGGCACUGGUCGGUAGAUUGAUCACGACGCAGACCAGUGUAUUUCAAUUGUGGUUUGGCAGAAGAGCAUACGAGCGCUCACGAGGAGAGAUGAUCACCAUGCUGUACGAGAAGACGCUGGGCCGACAGAUAUCCUUCCUGCCGACGGAUGCGAAGAAGAAGUCGGCCGGGAAUGGAUCCUCCAAUGGUGAUGCGAAUGGCGGUGAUACCAAGAAGACGAAAUCGUGGUGGAGCCGCCUGAUCGCCACCAAGCUCAAAGCGCCGCCUCCAGUCAAAGAGCCAGCUUCCAUGGGCAAGAUCCUCAAUUUGAUGCGCAAUGAUGUGUACGAAGUCGCACAGCGAUUCUGGGAGUUUGACGCCCUCAUCCGAAAACCUCUGUCGGUCAUCGUAUCCGUCGCACUCCUGGUCAGCUUUCUGGGAUGGCCUUCAUUGAUGGCCGUCGGACUUGUCAUUUUCGCUCAAGUCAUGAACGCCAUCCUCGCCAAAAUUCUGGUCUACUAUGAGAAGAAGCGCCGAGUCGCAACGGACACCAAACUUCAACUCAUCUCGCAAUUUGUUGAAGCCAUCCGUCAUUUGCGCUGGUAUGGAUGGCAAGGGCACUGGCUAGAUCGCAUUCUGACCGCUCGGCAAAAAGAGCUGACCUUGCGCAUCUUGUCUUCCACGUGGAAUGUCAUCAUCAGCUUCAUCAACACACUCUCUUACGAACUCACACCUGUCGUCGCAUUCUUCGCAUACACCGUCAUCGCCAAGAAGCCCCUCACGGUCGACAUCGCCUUUCCUGCCAUGCAACUUCUUGGAAUGAUGACCUCCUACCUCCGCGAUCUGCCGAAUCUGAUCAUCGCUUUGAUCAAUGCAUGGGUCGCAGUCGGGCGCAUCGAAGACUUCAUGGCAGAGCCAGAUCUACAUGGUAUGGCAACGGAAGCUCUCAUCGGCGACAAGCUCGCCCUCGGUCAUGCGACGUUCGCCUGGCCAGGCGCUUCCACGCCCGUACUCCGUGACAUCAACAUCUCUUUUCCGGACGGCUUGACGGUCAUCUGCGGUGAAGUUGGCGCUGGCAAGACCGCUUUGUUGCAGGCCCUACUUGGCGAGCUGGACAUGUCCGAGGGUCAACUCAUUCGUCCUCCUGAGCCUAUCGGAUACUGCUCGCAAACACCUUGGCUACAGAGCAUGAGUAUUCGAGACAACAUACUCUUCUCGGCGCCGUAUGAAGCGGAAAGAUACCACGCCGUACUGGAUGCUUGCGCCUUGACACCUGAUCUGGCAGACUUCCAAUCAAGAGAUUUGACUUUGAUCGGAGAGAAUGGUGUCGGCCUGUCGGGCGGACAGCGUGCUCGAGUGGCGUUAGCCCGGGCAGUCUAUAGCCGGACGAAAAUUCUUCUGCUGGAUGAUCCCCUCGCAGCACUGGACCAGCAGACAGCCGAGUCGAUUGUGCAAAACUGCAUCACUGGACCGCUACUCAAAGACCGCACCGUGGUGCUGAUCACGCAUCGCACUGAUCUGGUAUUCGGCAUUGCGGCCCAGAUCGUCCAAAUCAAGGCUGGAGAAGCAAAAGUGUUGGAUCAGGACGAGCUGGCUGACAGUGAACUCUUCUUCAAGCCCGGCGAUGCAGAUGAGUCGACUAGUGAGGAGAAGAAGUCUGCUGCCCAGACCGCGGCGCCGGACAAAUUCAUCGAGGACGAAUUCCGUGCACAUGGAGGUGUCAAGCUCUCAGUCUACUGGCAGUAUAUCAAGGCUGGAAACUUGACAUUCUGGGCCAUCACAAUCUUCGUCCUCAUUCUGUACCGAACGUUUGCGGUCGGCGAGGCGUGGGUCUUGAAAGCGUGGGGCGAGGCAUACAACACCAAGUCAGAGGAGUUUCUGGCAUUCGCUUCCAACGAGAUCAUUUACGCUCAGCAUGCCUCUUCCUCCUGGCCGUUUGGCGAUCUGCCUUCUCCGGAAGACGACAUCAAGCCUUGGCUACUCAUCUUCUUCAUCUUUGCCAUUGGACAAUCACUGUGCUUCGUGGCCUCGCAGGGAAUGCUGCUUGUCAUCGUGUACACGGCAGCGAAGAACAUGUUCAAGGACGUCAUGGAGAAGGUGGCUGGUGCGACCUUCCGCUUCUACGACACCACUCCCGUCGGACGGCUAAUGAACCGCAUGACCUCUGACAUUGGCGUCAUAGACGGCGGCAUCAGCCAGCAGUUCUCCAUGAUCUCCUGGCUCCUCAUCAGCUGGAUGUCCGCAGUGGUGGUCAUCGCCUCCAUUACUCCCGCCUUCCUCGUCUUCACAGUCGUCCUCGCCGUACUAUACGUCGUCAUAUUCCAGCACUUCAUCCCCACCUCCCAAUCCCUCCGUCGGCUAGAAAUGGUCUCCCUCACGCCCCUGAUGUCCAACUUCGGCGAACUCCUCAACGGCCUCGCCACCGUCCGCGCCUUCAACGCACAAUCCCGCUUCCAAGACCGAGUCAUCCACGUCGUCGACACCUUCCAAAAAAUGGACCACUUCUACUGGAGCACCCAAGCCUGGCUCAUGUACCGCUACGACAUCCUCUCCUCCCUCGCGACAUUCUUCCUCUUCGUCAUCGCUCUCGCGACCGACCUUUCCCCCGGCCUCACCGCUUUCGCCCUCGUCUCCGCGACCAAAUUCGUCGACACAACCCAUAUCCUCUGCCGCCAAUACGGCCAACUGCAAAUGGAAUUCGUCUCCGUGGAACGCGUUGUCGAACUCCUCCAUCUCGAGCAGGAACCUAAAGGAACCAUCGAGCCUCCCGCCUGGUGGCCCUCCCACUCCGGCGACAUCGUCUUCAACAAGACUUCCCUAACCUACGCUCCCCACCUCCCCCCUGCUCUGUCCGACGUCUCCCUCACCCUCCCCGCUGGCUCCAAAACCGCCAUCAUCGGCCGCACCGGUUCCGGCAAGUCCACCCUCGCCCUCUCCCUACUCGCCACCAUGGCUCCGUCGAGCGGGGAAAUCCUCAUCGACAACAUCGACCUGAGCAACGUAUCCAAACAAACUCUCCGCGAACGCAUCACCUUCCUCGCCCAAGACCCCGUUCUCUUCCCCGGCACUUUGCGCCAAAACCUCGACCCUAUAUCCUCCCACUCCGACUCCGAAUGCACCACAGUCCUCUCCCGCGUCUGCGCGAAACAAAACUGGUCACUCGACACGAACAUCGAAGCCGGCGGCCGCAACCUCUCACAAGGACAAAGACAACUCGUCGGACUAGCGAGGGCGGUUCUGAGGAGAAGCGCGAUUAUAGUGAUGGAUGAGGCGACGGCGAGUAUUGAUAAAGAGACGGCGGGAGAAAUUGAGAGAGUUAUGGGGGAGGAGAUGGGAGGCAGUACCGUUGUGGUGAUUGCGCAUCGGGUUGAGGCGGUGCAAGGGGCGGAGAGGUGGGUGAGGUUGGCGAGAGGGAGGGUUGUGGGGAGUGGAGUUGUGGGAGAGGGUGGGGUUGCUGUUGAGGGGUUGUUGGAUGGUGAGGAUGGGGAGAGGGAGAGGGAUGUUGAGGAGGGUGGGAGGGAGGAUGAGGAGGGGGAGGGGUAG